AUGGCGUCUUCUCAGGUCGGGCCGCCUCCGGGGAAGUUAUCGUUCGCGAAGGUCGCUGCAAUGCGUGCCCCUGCUCUUCCUACACCAAAUUCUAAUGCUUCUGAUGAAAAGAAGGCACGUCCCGUCGAGAACAUCAAUACAAAGCCUGUUCAAGCCAGCCUUCUAAAGUCCCCAACUUCGCCGACAAAGCCAAGGGAGACACAGCAGAAUACUCUCCAAGUGCACAGUCAGCCUGACUAUUUGGCACCUGCACUCGAAGGCCUUUGUCUCGUUGAAGAUGCGAGCCUUGUAUCAGGUGGGCCACAGAGCGCAGAAAGCGGAGAAUCUCUUGAAGAUGAUCAAUCUCAUCUCUCGAAUUCCUCCACCAAACACCAGAGUUUCGAUACCAAAAGUAUGGCUUCCGUCACAACCUUUGCGAUGGACGAGAAGGAGAGCAUUCGUCCGGAUGACAGUGCCAGUGUCAGGGCUGCAGAGGACGAAGAGGCCUCAAAUGCGCCGCACAGAGAAGACUUGUCGGCGUCCAAUGCUCGUGGUCCGUCACGGCCAAACAAUUCUGGAGUCACGAUUGCGACUCGCCGAUACCACACGUUGACUCUGACCAAUCCUCCGCGGUUUGGAGAUCUCCCUCUUCCCAUCAUUCAGGCGGAGACAACCGACCAGCCUCAUUCAGAAGGAUCGAUAGAGCAGCCCCGCGAGAUGCACGAACGAGCUUCAUCACUUCCACUUGCACCUGAUGAGAAACUACUGGAUGCACUGGCCACCCCAAAAGAUCGCCUGCCUCUCCUUCAACUGGAAGAGAAGUUCCUGGCCUUUAUCACAAUACCCGGAAAUGAUUUUCUCGACCUACCCCCGCAGAACUCCUUCGCCAGGCUCCUCGCACAUAAACUUGCAGACUAUUACUCGCUCGCUCAUCACAUUAAUGAGGACGGUACAUCCAUCCGCAUUUUUCGGACGCCCGCUGUAUCAAUGCCCACGCCACUACAUAUCUUAGCCCAGUCCAUCCCUGCUGGGCCAUCUCAACCUCCUUCCGCUGCGGGUUUUAAGAUCAUGCGCAGAGUCGGUUUGGGUCCACGGCAGGGCUCGGCCGGUGCCAGUACACCUGCGAGUUCAUCUGCCCCAUCUAAAGCCACCUCGGAAGCAGGCUUGGAAACGAAUAGCGAGGAAGGCAUCAUGUCUCCAGUCGAGGGGACGCCAAAUAAAGACAAGUCGAAACUCACAAGGGAAGAACGAGAAGCUCAGUACAAAGCUGCGCGAGAUCGAAUCUUUGGCGACUUUCAGGAGUCGGUGACCAGUGAAAGCGCUUCGACCGGAGAGAAUUCGGCAAGCAUGUCGCGGUCGAGCUCAUCUAGUGGCAAGAGAAAGGCACGCAAGCACAAGACGCCAAAAGACGACAGUUUCGAAGCGCGAUCAGCAUUUAUUCCCAGCUACGCCCCCAUGCCGAUGUCACAUAUGCAACCUCAGUAUCAGCCGCAUUACUCAGAACAGGCAUACCAGGGGCAAUACCAAGCGCCCAGUGGCGGCUUUGGCGGAAACAUGAAUUACAGUUCUACGCCCACCCAGGCCUAUCCCAAUUUUGAGUCUUCCAUGUCUUACAACGGCGCCGCAAUGGGAUACGGAAACAGUGGCAAUCAGUCUUUCAGCCCUACGGAGUCUUGGUCAUCGAUUCAGACUCCUUCGAAUGGAUACUUCAAUUAUUCUGCCUCUCCAACUACGUAUCAGCAGAGCAUUUCUCCCAUGAUAGCUCAGAUGAAUAAUCAAUUCAUGCCAACAUCUCAUCCAGGAAUGCAACAGCCACAGAACUGGAUGAACAAUCAAUUCCAGGCUGCCUACCCACAACACCAAGGGCCAGCGAGCUCGAACAUGAACGGUUGGUCUAGCUAUCAGGCUAAUGCAGCUAUCAACAAUGCAACCAGUUACGGCUAUGGACAAAUGCCUGCUCAAAACUUCAGCGGCGGCACGAAUCAGCCAUACAGUGCCCCAUAUCCCAAUGCAAGCACCUACUCCAGAUCACUCUUCAAUCCGCAGACCCGCUCCUUCGUUCCAAGCAAUUCUACAAGCCGCAAUGGCGGUCGUAUUGGCCACAAUAAUAACAACAACAGUGGCCGGAAAAAACCCUCUUCAUCCUCGUCGAGCCUAAGUCGAGCGAACAGCAUUCCUGCCACGAAAUCAUUCAGUUCAGAUGCUUCUGGGACGCCACCACCUGCACGCACAUUCGAAAAGGGACUCGCUGGUAAUUUAUCGUCGCCCAAGCCACCCCCAGUCAAAGAAGACUCUCUCCAACAGAAGUAUGGCGCGCCUGCGCAUCUGCCUAAGAAGCCACCUCCAUCGCAGGUCCCAUCGCUGUAUGAUGUUGAGAAUAUCAACAAUUCGAGUUCUGCCGGAGCAGGGACGGGAACGACUGAGUAA